AUGGCGUUUGAGCGCCGAAGCGGAGAGGAAGGAGGAGAGAAUGAGAGAGAGAAUUUGGAUCGCGAAGAAGAAAAGGCGCGCGACUGUCCGGAUAACAACCGAGGCGGCGCGGCUGGGUACGACAACGAAGGCGGUGGCGGCGGGUACGCGAGAGGCCCGUCCUCCAACGACAAGUGCAACAGAUGCGGAAACUUUGGCCACUGGGCGAGAGACUGCGCGUUGCCGGAUUCUCGAGCGCCACCGAUGAACGAUAUGCGAUGUAACCGAUGCGGCGGGUUUGGCCACAUGGCGAGGUUUUGCGCGUCGGCGGAUACUCGCGGGUUUUCCGGCGGCGGCAGAGGCGGAUUUUCCGGCGGCAGAGGCGGCGGCAGAGGCGACGACUCGUGUCGCAUCUGCGGUCGAUUCGGGCACUACGCGAGAGCGUGCCCGCAAAACCGCGGCGGCGGCAGAGGCGGCAGAGGCGGCAGAGGCCCGAGACAACCUCGCGAACGCCGCGCGGCUGGCCCGGAAGAUGUCUGCAACCGCUGCGGCCAAGCCGGUCACUGGGCGAGAGAUUGCGCCGAGCCGGACACGAGAACGGACGAGGAAAAAGCGCCGAGAGCGCCGAAACCCGGGGACAAGUGCAGAAACUGCAACGAGGAAGGUCACUUCGCUCGAGACUGCCCGCAACCGAAGGACACCAAGUGCCGCACGUGCGGCGAGGACGGUCACUACUCGAGAGACUGCCCGCAAAAAGGCGGCUCCGGGGUCACGCCGAAGUUGCAAGAAGCCGCGGAACAAGACGCCGCGCAACCGGCGACGAUGGAGGACGCCGACGCCGACGCCGGGGCGACGGCAAUUGAAGCUAUCAAGCUAUCAUUAAAUCCAUAUACACACAACAGAUAUCGCCACAUUAUUGUUCACAUUCACACGCCUUCAAUACUAAUGUCCACCAACACUGAGAAUACCACGAUCACCACGAACAAUCGAACGUUCAUCACCCAACUCGACGCGUCGACCGUCGCCUCUGUCGCUCUCGACGGUCACGUCUCCUUCAACGCUUCACGAUUAAGAAAAGUCGAGAAAAACGUCGUCGUCGUCAAAGAACAAAACGGGAAACAAAAAGUUGCCAUCAUCUCCGGCGGUGGCAGCGGCCACGAACCAGCCAUGGCCGGUUUCGUCGGGGAAGGUUUUUUACACGCCUCGGUGUGCGGCGACGUGUUCGCGUCGCCCUCGGUCGAGCAAAUUAUGGCGUGCAUUGAUGACGUUUUAGUACACGCUUCAGAGGAAAAGGAAGGCAUCGACUCGAUUUUACUCCUCGUGAUGAACUACACCGGCGACGUGGUGAACUUCUCGAUCGCGCGAGACCGAGCGAGAAAAGAGUACGCGAAAUCGAAACUGAAAAACAUCGAAGUGUUCGCGUUCGACGACGAUUGUUCGAUACCGGAGAAUGAGCGAGGGAAAGGAGGCGCGAGAGGAUUGUGCGGCACGUUGUUAGGAUUGAAAGCGACGAGCGCUUCGGCGCGAAGAGGGGAGGGGUUUUCGGAGGUGCGAAAAAUCGCCGAGAGAUUUCGGAAGAACACGAAGACGUACGGGUUUUCGUUGGGGAGGUGUGACGUGCCUGGACAGAGGAAACAAGGAGACGUGGAGGUACCGGACGGGAUGGUAGAAUUAGGAUUGGGGAUACACAACGAGCCCGGAUUUAAGACGGUUCCGUUUGAAAGCGCGGAGAAGACUGUCGAAAUCGCGUUGGACGCGAUUGAGAAAGCGUUGGAGUUGGAAAGUGAAAAAGCGAAAAGGAAUUCGGCGGUGAGCGGUGUCGGCAUUAUGGGUAAAAUCGAUCACAUGCUCGGUUUAGACGCGGAAACGAAAAUGAGCAUCGGGUUAGUGAAGCCGAUCGAAUUAUGUUUAGUGGUGAACGGUUUAGGCGGGACGAGCAAUCUCGAGCUCGGUUUACUCGCCAAUCUCGCCAAACAGUCUUUAGAGAAAAGAGGCGGUAACGCGUGUAAGAUUACGCACGCGAUGUGUGGGAGCUUCAUGACGAGUUUGAACAUGAGAGGCGCGAGUUUAACCGUCAGCGUGUUGGAGGACGAAAACGACGGCGCGUUGUUGGACGAGCCGUGCGAAGUGAACGCCUGGCCCAGAUUGAUUAAUUUAUCAACGACAACGUCGGUAACGAGUGCGACGACGACGACGACGACGAACACCGCGAGAAAGUUGCAAGAACAAAUGGACGUUUUACCAGUUCCUCCAAAAGACGCGACAGAAACGAAGAACGUCGACAAAAAGACAUCUACGAAAGAAGAAACGCCCAAGAAAUCAACAAACCAAAAGGAACGACAACAAAAGAAGAAGGAGAAUAAAUUGAGAACGCCAAAAGUUACAGUGACUGAGGAAGAAGCCGAAGCUCUCGCGGCUGCCAUCCAACUCUCGUGCGCGACCAUUUUAUCCAUGAGAGACGAACUGACGAGAUUAGACGCCAUCGCUGGCGACGGCGACUGCGGAGACACCUUAGCCGCCGGCGCUGCGGCCAUCUUAGAAGACUCCGUCGAUUAUAUCUACAAGCAUCCAGACGUCGUUUGCGACCAACUCGCUAAUUCGUGCGCGCGAUCCAUGGGCGGCACUUCGGGCGUUUUAUACGACGUCUUUUUCCGCGCCGCCGGUGACACUCUAGACGAAACCGAAAGCGACUUUGACGAAGCCGAGUAUGAGGAUUACAUGGACGAUUCGUUUGAAUAUCGCGAAGCCUUGGCGCGAGGCAUCUGCGCCAUUCGCAAACACGGUAAAGCAACGGCUGGCGACCGGACCAUGCUCGACGCGUUAAUGCCAGCUUUGGGGCAUUGGGGCAUGUUAAUGAACGACGAUUUAAAAGAACAGUGCGAUCGCAUCGCCAAAGCGGCGAAAGACGGCGCGGAAGAAACGAGAAACAUGACCGCUAACGCCGGCCGAGCGAGUUACGUGAACAAAGACAAACUGAAAGAACAAAAAGUGCCAGAUCCAGGCGCGUUAGCCGUCGCUGCGUGGAUUGGCGCCAGUUGCGAGGAAGUCACUCGUUUAUUAGCGAACAAAAACGUCAAACCAAACGAGCGGCACUUAUCGUUCAUGAACAGAAUAGACCCGAAUUUCAAAGGCGAUCGAGAUGAUCACGACGCGAUCCCGGUGGAAGACCGCCUCGGCGAAUUCGACGACACGCCGCACUCCGACGACGAUUUACCGGAAGACCAAAAGAUACGGUUCGUUUUGUGA